GGGUCCGCUUUAGACAGCGCGCAAACCGUUACUCGCGAGUAAGUUAUCGUUGGAAAUCCGAGAUGGAUAGCACGAGGUAGUGGUGUACAGAUCUGAUAUAGAUUUUUCAAGUUUAUUCAGAGAUUUAGCUGUUCAUAGCAAUUUGAAGUGCGAGUACUAUUUUAUUCGUCGCUUUCAUCGGUCAAAUUGAUAAAAUGGAUGCUUUGAUCGAGAACCUGUUAGCCGGUCUGAAAGGCACUGAGUACCAAAAGCAAAUGGAACGGGUCAGCCGGAAACCGAUGUCCAACUACACGACGCAAUUCUUUGACGAGGCUGGCCAUAUGAAGAACGCUGACGUUACCGCGUAUCGGAACUAUGUGCUGAAGAAUGGUCCUUUUAUCGAUGUCCCCGAUUUACCCAAGUGCAACAACAAAGCUGCUAAGGUUCGUCAAGUGGGAAAUCGAUUGUAUCUAAAAAAGGACUACAACGAAGCUCUGAAUAAGUACAAUGAAAGUAUUUGCUGGGCUGAGACUGGCUCAGAGGAUUUGGGAAUUGGAUAUGCUAAUCGAUCGGCAAUUUACUAUGAGCAGGAGGAAUACCAGUACGCGAUAGCAAAUAUUGCACUCGCAAAGAAACAUAAUUAUCCGCAACGUCUCUUGUCUAAACUGUUGGCUCGGGAGCAGAACUGUUUGGAAAAAAUCAGGAAUGGUCAAUCAAAAUUCACCAUCCCACCAAUUCGGAUGCCGAUGAACGUUGAUGUAAACCCUAGGAUUCCUCACCUUGCCAAAGGGAUACGAAUGGGGCAAAUUGCCGGGUAUGGUAGGAGCAUGAUUGCUGAGCGUGAUUUCAAGGCUGGCGAUGUAAUUCUCCACGAAACUCCAAUGCUGACCUCCGUCAGUCCUGAGCUGAAGUAUUUAAAUUGCAACUACUGCUCGAUUGAAAACUUUCAUAGUUUGAUUCCUUGCCCGAACUGCGUUUCGGUCAUGUACUGCGAUGAGGAAUGCCUGGAAAAAGGAACUAGCUUUCAUCGUUACGAGUGUGGCAUUUCCGAGAAGCUGCAUCAUAUUUCUUAUGGCAGCAGUAGAGUUUAUAUGGGACCAAGGAUGUUUUUCUAUGGAUUGUCGUUGUUUGACAAUCUAGAAGAGAUGAUGAAGUUCUGUUCUACUCACGAUAGAACCGGGGCAAACCCGUUAACUUUGGAUUACACUAACGAUUGCCGUUUAGAAGAAUUUAAGAUCUUUCACCAAGUGAAGCUACCAACGAGUAAUUUUCUAUACGAGGAUUCAUUCCGCUUCUAUGCAGCUGUUUACUAUUCUGUCUACAUCAAUCAUCCAUUAGUUAAGUCAAUUUUCACAAAUCAAGAGACUAAAAAUUUUAUGCUCCGCGCGAUGUUAGAUUAUAUGCGAAUCAUUGGUUUUCUUGUCAUAGGCCGGUCGGAGAAUUUCACUAAUCAACUGCAAUCGCUAGCGUCGGUUUUCAAUCACUCGUGCGAUCCGAACACGGUUGCAUCCUAUCGGUCUGGUCAACUCAAAGUAAUAGUUUUACGACCAAUUUCCAAAGGCGAGCAGAUUUUCAUCUCGUACGGACCGUUGUACGAUAAACAUAGCGAUUCCGAGCGCAAGCAAAUUAUGGCCAUGUUUCAUUUUGAUUGUGUCUGUAACAUUUGCGAUCGAAAAAAGUACAAAUCUUGGCUGUUAUCGGGUAAAAGAACCCCUCCGAUACCCCGGAAACACAUGACAGUCCUGCAGAAGGUAGUCGAAGGAGACAAUGAUGCGGCAAAGUUGAACGCGAUGCAACAGUUUGUUCAGCGCUACGCGUGUCAUCACCCGGGAGAGGACAUCGAUAGUGCUAUAAACAUGUAUCGGAGUUUGCUGAAUAUCACGAUUAUGGUAGAGACUGACGCCCUACUGCGGGGCAAGAUUGCCAAGGGCAUUUGACUCUUUUUAUUGUUCGAUUUAAAUGUCAUAAUUUGACUAUAUUGAAGGAUUUUUUUUAAAGUUUGUUCAUCAAAGUUUCGUAGCACAUUGAAAUGAAUUUAAUAAAUA